GAGCGCACCUCGAUUUUCCUGGCAGCCAAAGGAAACAUUUCAGCCGACCGACUGCUAUCGUCGACGUUGAACGCUCACCCAACGACACCGCCCGUCACCUUUUACGAAUCCCUCCCUCGACAACAGGUGCAUUCGGCGUCCAUAAUGUCUGACCACGGGGAAGUCGAGGUCGAAAACACUGCGGCCUUCCAGGUCCUCCCCAAGGAGGCUGUCGCGGAGAUGGGAACCGUGAAGCUCUUCAACAAGUGGAGCUACGAGGAUGUUGAGAUCAGGGAUAUUUCCUUGACCGACUACAUCCAGAUUCGUAACCCCGUCUACCUUCCUCACUCCGCCGGUCGUUAUGCCGCCAAGCGUUUCCGCAAGGCUCAGUGCCCCAUCAUUGAGCGCCUGACCAACUCGCUCAUGAUGAACGGCCGCAACAACGGCAAGAAGCUCAUGGCUGUGCGCAUCGUUGCUCACGCUUUCGAGAUCAUCCACAUCAUGACCGACCAGAACCCCCUCCAGGUCGCCGUUGAUGCCAUUGUCAACUGCGGUCCCCGUGAAGACAGCACCCGUAUCGGUUCCGCCGGUACCGUCCGUCGUCAGGCCGUUGAUGUUUCUCCCCUCCGCCGUGUCAACCAGUCCAUUGCCCUCUUGACCAUCGGUGCCCGUGAGGCCUCUUUCCGUAACAUCAAGAGCAUUGCUGAGUGCCUCGCUGAAGAGCUUAUCAACGCUGCCAAGGGAAGCUCGAACUCCUAUGCCAUCAAGAAGAAGGACGAGCUUGAGCGUGUUGCCAAGAGCAACCGGUAAAGGGAUAAUGUUGGGCGUAUUCUCCGUUUGGUCCUGUUUCUAUCUGUACUGGAGUGGACGGGGGGUUCUAUAGGAUUCAGUCGAUUGGCAUGCAUCUGCGCGACUGUACAUACCUCAAAACAGUCACUGGAGGGAGCAAAAUCCAAAACGAUAAUGGGACGGCUUUCUUCUAUAGUAGCUGAGAUGCGAUCAUGAAGACCUUGGGCUUUUAAGUCGGUACCUUUUAUUUUUGUUCAACGAAAAAAAAAGAUCUUUCAAAUUUCCA